UACAAAAUUUAUAUAUAAAUGGUCUUCUCUUCACCAUAUCAUAUUGGUUUCCUCUAAUAAUAUAAAUUUUGCAACGCUUUCUUUUCAUUGUUGUUGAAUUUAAGCUAUAUUUGAUUGGUGUUUAUCUUCACCACAAGACCACAGUCUGAAUGCAAUCGAUGGAUCUCCCAAAAAAGGAGGUUAGCAAUUAUAUUCCUAAUGAUAUUUCUUUUGAUAUUCUUUCUAAAUUGCCUAUGAAAUCUUUGAAGCGAUUUAGUUGUGUAUGUAAAUUUUGGAGUAAUUUAUUUGAAGAACCCCAAUUUAUGGAUAUUUACCGCACAAGUUUAUUUGUAUCUAAUUAUGAUGAUCAUCAUAAUUCUUGCUUUCUUUUUAAGAAAACUCCUGAAUUGGGUGAAAAUCAAAACGAGGAUAAUAUAGUUUUACUUUCGGGUGAAACAUUUGAAAAUAAAGUCAAAUUAGAUUGGCCACCUCCAUUUGAAGUAUAUCGAGGAAGGAUUUAUAUUAUUGGUUCAAUUGUUAAUGGAAUGCUUUGUCUUUGUCGAGGCAAUGGAAGAGGCGAUCAUAUUUGUAUUAACCAAGAAGUAAUAUUGUGGAAUCCAUUUAUUGAGGAUUUUAAAGUCAUUCCUUCAGGAUCUUUUAAACAUACAAUUCUAAAAGCAUUUCCUCCCGACACUAUUUUUGAAGAUCUAUCUAAAAUAACUACCUUUGUAAAUAUUUAUGGGUUUGGUUAUGAUCCAAUUGCAGAUGACUACAAAUUGAUUCGAAAUUUUUGUUUCAUCGAUAAUAAGAAGUAUGAGCUUGACCCAAAUGAUUGUAUACAUGAUGAGACCUUAUGGCAGAUAUAUAGUCUAAAAAGUAACUCUUGGAGAGAUAUUCAAGUUAAAAUGCCAAAUCAUAUUUUGAAUUCCGGAUGGGAACAAAAUGGUAAUGCAAUUUACUUUCAAGGGAUGUGUCAUUGGUGGGGCUAUAAAGAUUAUUAUGGAGAACAUGUGUUAGUAUCAUUUAACUUGAGAAAUGAGGUAUUUAUUACAACACACUCCAACCCCAAUUAUCACAGACUUGGUAAACACAUGUUGGUAUUAAAAGAUUCUAUUGCUAUGAUCGAAUAUGAUGAAUCUUAUAAUUUGUUCAUAUCAGUUUUGGGUGAGAUUGGUGUGGCGGAAUCAUGGACAAGACUUUUUAGAAUUGGACCCCUCCGUUGUUCUAUAAAUCCUAUUGGGGUUGGAAUAAAUGGUGAUAUAUUCUUAAAUAGAUAUGGAAAAAUUGAAAAGUUUAAUUUAAAUACAAAUUUGAUUGAAGAGAUUGGUGUUACAGGAAGAAUUAAAAAAUGUCAAAUGGUUAUUUGUAAUAAUAGUAUUUUUCCUAUUGGAGGAAUACAUGGUUAAUUGUUUUUCUAAACUUAAUAUUUUUUUUAA